ACCGUUCAAAUUUCCAGAAUUGAUGCAUUGCAUUCUUCAAACAUGUCUCUUUUCCUUCAAUUAUAUGGAUUGCUGGAGAAGACCUUGCCCUCGUGGAUUAUUGUUAUCGGCGUGUGGGAAUCUACGGACUUAAGCCGCAUCCAACCGAAUGGAAUGACGGCUUUGGAGAUCUUGCCAGAUGGAUGAGUCUGCAUCUCGUCGAGAAGUGGAGGUCGUUUGUGAAAGAAACAAAGUUGACUUAUAUGUACACACAAAGAUGAUAUCGCAAGUCAGAUCACUCAAAACGAGACGAAUCAUAGCGACAUGCCACAUAAAUAUCGUGAAAGCAACAGGGAGACAUUACUCCUCGCAUGCUCCCAGGGCGCGUCUAAAUCUACCUACCGACUACUCCACAACACCUCUUCUCCACCAUACGUCAAGAUCUGCUCUCUCAAAUUCUGAACUUGUGGCAGCUUUGAAACAAAGUCACGGUGGCCAUGAUACCACAACAGCAGCUGCGACCACCACGUUCACGACGAGCCGCCAAAACCUCUUCACGGCUAUCAAUAGCGCUCUCGCACACGCUCUUCGCUCAGAUUCCCGGACUUUAGUCUUUGGUGAAGAUGUCUCCUUUGGCGGUGUGUUCCGCUGCUCAAUGAACCUCGCGAGCGAGUUCGGGCCUGACCGAGUCUUCAACACACCACUGAGCGAGCAAGGCAUCGUGGGCUUCGCAAUCGGUGCUGCGCUACAAGGCAUGCGGCCGAUUGCGGAGAUUCAGUUUGCAGACUACGUCUUUCCUGCUUUCGAUCAGAUCGUAAACGAGGCAGCCAAGGUGCGGUACCGAUCAGGGACGAACGCACAACACGCGCAGCAAGAGGAUGGUGGUGGAGAUGGUGUACAUUGUGGUGGACUCGUGAUUCGCAUGCCGGCGGGAGGAGUAGGCCACGGUGCACUCUACCACACUCAGAGUCCUGAGAGCUUGUUUACGCAUGUCCCCGGCAUGAGAGUCGUUGUGCCGCGAUCGCCCACGCAGGCCAAAGGCUUGUUGCUAGCGGCAGUGGAGUGUCCGGAUCCGGUGAUCUUCAUGGAACCCAAGAUCCUCUAUCGUGCUGCUGUUGAGCAUGUCCCACAGGAGGCUUAUACAUUACCGCUGGACAAGGCCGACGUCAUUAAACCGGGAGAAGACGUGACUGUAGUCUCGUAUGGAACACCUCUGUACACUUGUCAAGCAGCCAUUGAUGCCGUGGAAAAAGACCUGAAGUGCUCUGUGGAAUUGAUUGAUCUGAGAACAAUUUAUCCUUGGGAUAGACAAACGGUGAUGGACUCCGUGCGCAAGACUGGGCGAUGCAUCGUGGUGCAUGAGAGUAUGGUGAAUGCCGGCGUGGGUGCAGAAGUUGCGGCAACGGUGCAGGAGGGAUGUUUCUUACGCCUGGCAGCGCCGGUACAGAGAGUUGCGGGUUGGAGCACACACACAGGUCUCUUGUACGAGAAAUUUAUUCUCCCUGAUGUAGCGCGAGUCUACGACUCUAUCAAGCGCAUUCUAGACUAUUAAGCACGAGAGCAAACGGGUAAAAGCAAGCCAUGUGCUAAAUUUCAUGCGUUUCUGAUUUCCGUGACAUUG